GUAGAAUUGGCACGUCGUGCAAAAUUGUCGGAGAAGUACGUCUGUUGCCCGCUUAAACAGUUUUUGAAUCACUUUAUAGAUUCAGUUCAGUGUUGUGCUUUUUGGAUCAAAUUGAUUAUACCUUAAAACAAAAUGUAUACCAGCAUUUUUAAUGAAUGAAAAUGAGUCAGACUCCUAGAAGAACUCCAAAUUCUAACAGUCCAGGCUUUGCACCAGUCAAAUUACAUCAGAGUCCCAUUGCAAGCCCUAAUAGUCAGAAGAACCUAACAGGUGUGCCUAGAGUGGUAAGGGACCUAGCAGCAGAUCUAUACAAUAAUGUGCAAAAAUGGAACAAUUUGCACAUAAGAGGCGCACAACUAUGCAAGCAGAUCGCUAUCUGUAAGACAGACAAGCCUUUUGAAUACUCUCCUGAAUUAGAAACUUUAACAAAUGAUUUAUAUGAAUGUGUGGAUGAGCUUAAGCCUAUCAAAGAAGCGUUUGAGAUGAUUAUAAAACAGGCAGAAGCAAUGAAAAAGUUGCAGAAAACUCCAGAACCUGUAUUUUUUGGGCAUAAAAUGGAGGGAUUGGUAGAAAUGGUACAUUAUGUAGCAAAUGCCUAUGUCACAGAGUACAGUGUGAAACAAACUGUAUUAGAAAAUAUAGCUCAUACACAGAGCAAAGAUGAAGUGAUGUUUUUUGCUACCUUUUGGACAUUACAAACAAAUGUGGAUGAUAAAGUUACUUUGAAGUUGGAAUCCUUACUAACUGAAACAUGCCACAGAACAAUUGACCAAACAUGAAAUUCAUGAUGGAAACAAAUCCUGAAUGAUUCAGAUCCUAUUAUUUUCAUAGUGAACUAAGAUGUAUCAUAGAUCAAAGGCAAGAAACUGACUUUGGUGUCAGAUUUUAUAAAUAUGAAGUAUAUAUAAUGGAUGUUAGCAUUUGUCUUUUAUUUGUACUGUUCGAUAAUAGUUGAAUCAGUGAAAUUCUUUAGGGUGGUAUUGUCAGUCAUUCCUACAAUUGUAGGACGCCUUUAUGGCCUCCUUGAUUUUCAUAGUCUCUUCUCUCCUUCAGAAAGGCUGGGGUAUUUCUAGAUUUCUACUGUUCCGUGUCAGCGCUUUCGUAUUGUGAGGUUAUGUUUUCUUUUCGAAUUGUAGGAAAUUUCAGGCUUAUAAAACGGAUCUAAAUCAAAAGCAUUAACAAGUUGAUGCUGAUAUUUGUGACAUAACCUCAAAAUAGAGCACUGACACGGAAAAGUAGAAAACCAUGAAAGUCAAGGAGGCUAUACAGCACUUAGAAUUGGGCAUUAGAAUAAAUUUCUGAGUUAAAUGGCCAUAAACA